CCUACACGUGAAGAUCUCACAACUCGAAUUUUAUUAACAGAAAUUCAAACCCCAUUUAGCAGAGACUCAAACUACACAGUUAGCGGGGACUCAUAUCUUACCUAGCAAAGCUUCAAACUCAAAUUAGCAAAGACUUAUGAAAAAAUAAUGCAUUAAAAAGACCAAGUAAUAUAGCAUUUUCGACCGGCCUGGGUCAAUCUCUCCGGGAGCGAUUAAUAACGUCACAAGGCCAAUCACAGCCAUUCUUCGAAAGAAUGGAAUAAUUGUGAUUGGUCUGCGCUAAAGGAAAAGAACCUGAGACAGGUUAACCCGGCCAGCUCCGGUCGAAAACACCAAUAAUAUCAUGAAUUCUUUAUGAUUAAAUUUUUUAUACUCUAUUAAAAUAUGCCACUUGAAAAAUUUAAUAAACAGAAAAACUUUUAAACAAAAAUAAUAUUAUAUCUUUAAUAAAGUGCUGUCGAUAUUCUAGUUUCAUUUGAAACUUGCAAUGGUCAAGGAAUACAAAAUGUAUAGACGUGACACAUUUCUUUCUAACCGAAAGCAGCCAUUUUCAAUUAUGAAAUAGCGUCCUCGAUGUCAAGUCUCAGCACGUACACAAUUCCAUGUAUCUUAUCUCUUUGGUAAUCGCAUUUUGGUUAUUUAAAUGAUAAGAAAGCUUCGCGUGAAAAUUUGAAAAGUGAAGAGCCGUAAAAAAGUGAAGUGAAAAAUAGCGACAAUUAUAUCAUUUUCUUGUAAGAAUUUUAGUGAAGAGAGAAAGAGAGAGAGAGAGAGAGAGGGGGGGAAAAAAAGAUUGUUACAAAGUGUAUUCUUGAAAUUGCACGUAAAACAUGCAGCAGGAAUUUUAUACUUCUUGUAUCAAAAUAAAUGGGAUACCUCUUCUUCCGCCACUGAUGACCAACACAAUCAAAGAAGAAAUGAGACAUUACAGAUCUCUGGCAAUCAAAGUGGAGGAGAACUUGAGAGACAGACGGCUCUUGAGACACAUUAUUUGGAAUAAAUGCGUGCAGGCUGAUGUAACAGGACCAGUAGAUAAAUUAAGGAGUAUUAGAUACAGUUCGGACAGCGAUGUGUCCAGCCGUGACGUUGCGAGUGAUACCAACAACAGUGACUCAUAUUCCAGAAUGACUAUGGUCGAACCGACGUCACGAGUUGCUGGAGAACCCAUGGACAACCACGACAUUCAGUCCUUCAUAUCAGAUGUACACACAACAGAUUCACAACUCGAAGUUUGUGUAACAAACGAAUUUACUGUUAACGAUUCAAAACCUAUAGCUGCUGCAACUGAUCAGGAUAAAUAUAUCGAUGCGAUAGAGGCUGUAUCGACGCCAAACGAAAAUGUAACAUUGCCGGAGAAUUGGAAGCCCGAGAUACCCAAAACACUGGAUAUAGUUCCAAUAUCAUUAAGUAACGACGAGGAGGAUAUCUCUUCUUCUAUAGGCAUUUCCAAAGAAACCAAAAAUCCACCAAAGCUGUCGCGUCAAGGUUCUUACGUGCUGGAAACGCCGAGUCCUGUGCUGCUCGCUCAUAUGCAUGCAGAAUUGACUGACGAAAAUUAUACUCCCACGCCUACCACUGAUUACAAAUCGCAACGAAAACAAUGGAGCAUUGCGCAGUCUAAAGUAGAGUGGGAAAAUAAACGAUUUAUCGCGGAAGACACUGAAGCUCUAAGUAAAUUGAGAAGCACAGAGAAAAGGUCAACUUUCGAGGAUGGAGAACCUGAGGUUUCGACAGAGCCAUAUCAAGAAAAUAAACCUAUUAGUGGCACUAACACGAUAGUCGAAGAAGCUGGAUAUAGAUUAGAUGCCACGCCAACUAAACAUAAUCGUAGACCUAGUACAGAUUUUAAGAAGCACAAUCCCAUAGAGAAGUUAGAGAAAGAUACCGGUGUAUUAAAUUUAUUGAAUAGAGAGUACACUGAAGACGCGAAUAGUCCUAAAAGUCAGUUGUCUCGCAUAAACGAGAAACAUCACGGUAAAGAGGAGGAUCCAGCGAGGAGAACAGAAUCUCGCAAAUCAAAUGGUAAAACGAAGUCUUCCACCCCUGACAAGCUCUUGAUGAUUUACAAAGAGAUCGAGGAGAUGCACAAGAAGCAAAUGACGGAGCUGAUAUACCGUCAGCGAAAGGAACAGUCGCUGCUACAGGCGGAAUUCCAAAAGCAGCAGAUGCUCCUGUUAGCCGAGAUACGAAAGUGCGCUUCCGGAACACCACGUCAGGCGAACUCGUCGAAUGUCGCAUUAAAUCGGUCGUUGUCGAAUAACGAAACGGGAUCGGCGAGUCGCGAAUCAAACGUAAACUCUCCCGGUAAUAUAUACGCGGAAACGCAUCGCAAUAUUAAAUUAUCGCCGUUGUCGAACCGAGUGAUCGUAUGUCCGCUGGAUUAUCUUCCCUCGAGAAAUUUAUAUCUACUUAAACAUCCCCUUACCGCGGACAAUUCCCCGGCGACUCUCGAUUACGAUUUUACGAAAAAAGUGAGUUUAUCCGAAAACACAUAUAACAAUAACAAUAAUAAUAAUUACUAUAAUAACAAUAAUGACAGUAAUAACGGUAAUAAUGACGAUAACAGCAGUUGCGAGUCGCGCGAUCUUAUCGCAUGUAAGAAUUCCAAUGUGAGUCGGCAGUUAUUUCCUUUAGACAGUAAUACUACCCACGUACCGGUUCUAGACAACACGGCAUACCUCGAGAAACACGUACAGGCGGUGAAUAUUAUCAACGCUUACGCACGUGGCUACUUAGUGCGCAGAUUAAUGCAUACCGAACGCGUUAUCACGCUAAAGAGGACGUACAAGGAGGCGUUGCAGUGUAUGCUUAAGUUACACGUUGAUGCGCCCUUAAACUUGGCGGAAGUGGACUUCCUUCAUCGUCUCCAGUUGCAGUGCGACGCAGCUUCCAUGAAUAUAGUAGAAUUAUUCGCCCAGUCCCCGGCGAAGAGAAUGAAAGUAAUCGCGCAGGAUCGCGAAAUUAAGGAAUCUCGAACAGAACGGCCUACCUCGGCUCGAUCGUACUCAUUCGCUACUCAGAAGACUCUAGCCAGAAAGAACUUCAAGGAAUUCGAAUCCACAAUGGCCAAGUAUCAGCGACCGUUGGUCGUUAAAAGAAAUUUAAUUAGAUCCAGAUGCCAAUCGUGGACUUCGGAUAUGAGAGACAGACUUAUGUCACCGAAUGCAAUGCAUCAAGGUAUCAGGCGAAGUACGAGCACGGGAGCUGUACGAAAGCCGUGGCGAUGACGAGAUAAAGUGCCUUACGACGUUGAUUGAGCGACACGUCAAUUUUCCUGUUGAAAAGCAGAGUCCGAAAGUUAUAUUAUUUUGGAACGUCUCACGUUAGCUAUUCCUGCCUUCAAGAAAACGCACUCGUGUCUGGGCUUUUCUGAUAAAUUUAUUUUGUAUUACUAUCGCAUUUCUUGACUGAGACACGAUACUUGUCUGUGAUACAUGUAUAUCCAACAUAUAUCCUUCCUAUUUUCGAAUGAUUGAAAUUAAAGCGGAGAUUAUUUACAUAAAGAUUUACCACAUAAGAAAUAUACAGGCAAUAAAUUGAUUUUAUUGUCAUAGGAGAUUAAUUAUAAGGGGACUGCCCUCUCCAUAAUAAAGAAUGCUGCUUUUUUAAAUAUUGAA